AUGGCCGACUCUAUCAAAUCUCCUUCUUUCGCCGCUACGCCCGAUAAACACGCUCCUCCAGCCCCGCGUUUUCACGACAUCGCUGUCACGCCCCAGAGUCUCCCUCCUCUCGCCGAUGUGUCAACCAAUUCAGCCGUAUCUGCGACUGAUUCAGAGAAGCAUCCCAAGGGGAAGAGGAAACGGACAACGGCAAAAGACAAGAUGGUUCUGGAAGAGGCAUACAGCAGUAACCCUAAGCCCGAUAAACAGGCGCGCCUGGACAUUGUCCAGCGCGUAUCGUUAAGCGAGAAGGAAGUUCAGAUCUGGUUUCAAAAUCGAAGGCAGAAUGACCGCAGGAAAUCUCGCCCUUUGUCACCAGGAGAAGUUGCCGCUCUUCAUCAUGGAAUUAUGCAUCCCUCGACUUUCGACCCAAUUACACACACUACAACUCCAAGCAAGCCCGAACAUCCAUUUCCCGUGUCCGAAAGUGCUAUAUCUCGAUUUGGAGAUCCCAUCUCUGUGCCCCCUCGACAUUUCGACCGGACACCCUCCAUGCCACGAUAUCACUCAGAUCUUGUGAAUAGCACUCCAACCCCCCUUGGCCAUGACAGUUUUCGCUACUAUUCUGACGCCACUCCUAACCGCAUUGAUCCUACUCUUCCACACGAAGCUCGAGAUGUGUCCCAUUCCUUGUCAAGCUCUAUAUCUAGUAAUGUUGGCUACCUGUCCAACCGGUGGAAUGCUGGGGCCACUUCAUUCUCUACGCCAGCUGCUUUUACCCGCAGCGGUGACGACUCAUUCAGAUUCGAUACGUUCCCUCCGUCCUCAUGCGCUUCUGAUCGUGUCAUUGCCACCCCCCUCUCCCAAAACCAGCCCAAGGUUCACCUUUCUACAUCCUUAGACGGAAAGGCAGAGUUAGUCUCCAACCAAGGCUCUCCUUCACGUGAAUUACCUCCUCGACCAUCCUCCACAACGCCAUACUUGCCUGAGGAGCGACAGCGCGGUUUGCAACGAGGCCUACAACGUAGUAGCAGCGCUGUUACUCUCCCUCCGUUGUCGGAACUCACUAGCAGUUUGCCUCCUAGUCUUGUGCGAGGUCGGUCUCGUGAUGUGCAUGCCUGGGAAAAAUGCGCGGACGCUGAGAACCGUGAUGAGCUGACAGCGCAGGCCGAGUACGAGUCGAACGGAUCGGCGGCUGCAGCUAUCAACAUCCUUCGUUCUACGAGCGGGAUUCUUCAACCAAGUAACGCCAAACGCAACGCUCCCAUGACAAGGCCCCAACGACCUCACCAGGCAAAGAAGGCAAAGCUGGAUCCUACUGGGUCAAGUAUUUCACGACUAGAUGCGGACUUGGACGAAAGGGAAAAGGCUGACAGGGAGCAUGGCAAGGUGAAGGUUUCGAUGUUGGUCUCUCCGACAGGUGGUGACUCGGAUAAGGAGAACUUGAGCCCUGACGAGGAGACAAGUUCGCCAGAUCCUUACCACCGUCGACCUUUGCCACCUGCCCCCAAACAUGUUGGCGAUAACCCUCGACGAGUUGGCCGAGCGCUGCAGGAGCAAAGGAGCCCAAACCUACUCGCAAACCGCGCAAACAUGGCGCCCACACGACCACGUUCCAUCGUCAAGGAAGGAUUGGAGAUUUUCCAGGACAGGAUGAAACCAGUGCUGUCUUCCAGGGAACCAGACAUGGUUCGAGGUUCCAUCAGUCCUAGUAAAAAGCCCGACAUGGACUGCGUGGCAGGUCUUCUUUCUCUCAGCCAAGGAGCUUGGAGGUGA